AACUUUGUUUCACUACUCACACUUGCGAACAGACUAGAGAGAGAAACUUUGUAAGAGAGGCAAUAAUGGCGACUCUUAGCGUGCCGGAGGUGGUUCCUUCUCCAUUGGAGGACGCUGAGCAACUCCGAAAGGCUUUUGAAGGAUGGGGAACAAAUGAGAGCUUAAUCAUAUCGAUUUUGACUCACAGGAAUGCUCAUCAGCGUAAACUGAUUAGGCAGGCAUAUGCUGAUACUUAUAAUGAGGAUCUUCUGAAAGCACUGGACAAAGAGCUUUCAAGUGACUUUGAGCGAGCUGUGCUGCUGUGGACAUUGGACCCUGCUGAGCGUGAUGCACUUUUGGCCUAUGAUUCCACACGGAGAUUCACUUCAAAUCUGUGGGUUCUUGUUGAAAUUGCUACUACUAGGUCUACUCACGACCUAUUUGAGGUAAGGAAGGCAUAUCAUGCUCGUUACAAGAGAUCCAUCGAAGAAGACAUCGCAUAUCAUGCAACCGGUGACUACCGCAAGCUUUUGGUUCCUCUUGUGAGUUCAUUGAGGUACGGUGGAGAUGAAGUGAACAAUACAUUGGCAAAAGCAGAGGCUAAGAUACUUCGUGACAAGAUCACAAAUAAGGCCUAUAAUGACGAUGAUUUCAUCAGGAUUAUCUCUACUAGGAGUAAGGCGCAGCUGAAUGCAACCCUCAAUCACUAUAACAAUUCCUACGGAAACGCCAUCAACAAGGAUUUGAAGGCCGAUCCCAAUGAUGAAUACCUGAAAUUAUUGAGAGCAGUAAUCAAGAACUUGACAGUUCCAGAGAAAUACUAUGAAAAGGUUCUGAGGCAGGCUAUCAACAAGUUGGGGACAGACGAGUGGGGCCUUACUAGGGUUAUCACCACCAGGGCUGAGGUUGACCUGAAACGCAUCAAAGAAGAGUACCAUCGAAGGAACAGCGUCCCUUUGGACCGUGCCAUUGCCAAAGACGUCUCUGGAGAUUAUGAGAAGUUUCUCAUUGAACUGACUGGACACGGUGAUGCUUGAGAGUUUUCUUGAUCUCAAGAGUUCUUCUCCAUGGUUCCAGUUGAGUUAUGAGUGCCGUUUGUCGCUUCCUUACACCUGCCCUGUGUCGUUGCUUGUUAUUGUGUUGUGCCUUGUUAUGGAUUUGUAGACCUUAUGCUAUUUAUUUGUGAAUGCUUUUAAGACUAAAGUUUGAAUAAAUGAUGGGCUGAGUCUUCUGUUUCUGUA